GCCAGUAUGAUGCGUAGAGUUCGAGCCUUUGGUCGGGCUGGCACCUUGCAUUGGAUUCCUUGCACUGGAGGGUUUCCUUUCUUUGCAUCAAUGUUUCCUGUACUCCAGAGUGGGUCAGGUCGUCCAAGUGUAAAACCUGGAACCCCAAACCGGCCCAAACCCUUCUAACUUGACCUUCCUCUUGGUUCAUGUUCCAACCCGGGCCUCCCGGUUUUGGGCACAGCCCAAUGGAUCUUGCUUCAUCUCCCUCAAGCUGAAGCGCCCCGCGCAGGCUGGAAGCAGCCUGGUGAAUGGGCUCCACUUUGCUUGUGAGGCGGAUGAGCCGCGAACAGUGAUGCGAGUGAAGCAGGAAAAGCGCACCCGACCCCAUGGUGGGGGGCGACUUAGCUUCUCCAUGAACAGGAAGCCUGUCUUGGCUUACUCGAUGACGGACGAGAAGGAGACGGAGCUAGCCGGUUCGGUCCUGCGGCGCUUGCGAGUUAUGAUGGAUGAAGACCAUGUGAACAUGGUCACUUUGAGGCAGAAGUACUUCCGGCCCAAGUACCGAGUGGGCAAGUGGCAAGCAGACUACAACAUGCGUUUGUGCCGCCGGCGGAAGCUCCGGAAGCAGAAGGAGCGCUUUGAGGAAGCAUGGUCCCAGUGGUUGCGCACCACCGGACGGAGCAUCGGCCUGCUUGAGCCGAUCCCCUUCAACGGCCCCAAGCUCGGCAGCUACAUGACCGAAGAGCUGGAUAAGGCGACGGAAGUCGAAGAGACGAUGAAAGCACUUCCAACUCAGCAGGAGAUGAGAAUGAACAAGAAGUACCGAAUGAGAGGCUGGAAACAAUAUUUGCCUGAAGAUAUCUUCCCUGGUCAGUGGAAAGACGAUGAAGAGGACGCGGUUCACAAGUUGUUCCGCCGUCCGCUCCACAAGUAUCCUUACGACAUCAGCAAGCGGGGAACCAACCACGUGGUCAGGGGUAUCGUCUUCUAAUUGGAAAUUCGAUAUGUCAAUUUCAAACAA